AAACGGCAGAGCUGUCCUGUCACAGCAAAAGCGACAACAUCGCCAUUCCGACCUAAAAAUAACAACAACAACACGGUAGCUGCUCCUCUUUUGUCGGGUCGAGUUAACAGGGGAUACGGAACGAGAGACCCCCCCCCCCCCCCAUCCCGCUUGGCGUGUUCCACCGCGUUCAAACUCUUCAUUAAAAAAGCAAGAAAAAAAAAACAACGAAUCACCCUGCACGACAUCAUCAAACAACAUAAAAACCUACAAAGAAAGAGACUAAGCAGCCUUUUUUUCCUUCGUCGCUAGCCCCCGCAGCUAGCCUCCAUCUUUAGCACGGAGCUAAAAAGAAGCUAAUGUUCUUGUUUUCCGGAUCAACAGGUGCUUAAGGUGGCCCUUUUUAAAAAUAAUUUUGAUGAGGAUCUAAACCAGAACUGAGACUGGACCGCCACCUGUUUUAAAACCUCUCCCGCGGAUCUACAAAAUGCUCCACCGAGCUACGACGUCUAACAGCAACAGCAGUGGCGGACCGGACCGAACGGAUGCUUUGUGGAGUUUAAGACCCUUCUAAAGCCCCACCCAAAACAAAAAAUAAAAAUAAAGCUCAAGGUUUGGCCGCCAUGGACCUGAGUGGAGUUAUGUGGGCCUGCUGAGAAAGGAGCGCUUGGAUUUUGUGUGAGCUCCACUCCUGCUUUUUUUUUUUUUUUUUUCUCUCUCCUGCUUCGUAUUAUCAGCGCGGAACCUCCGGGGCCCAACUGAGCCACUUGAACAGAACCGAUGCACAGGCCCGGAAUCAGGCAUGUUGUUUUUAUAACCUGAUGACCAGCAGAGCGAUGGUGAGGAAGAAGAAUCCCCCUAUCCGCAGUGUGGGAGGUGAGGAAGAGGAGGAGGAAGAGGGGAGGAGGCCAGUGGGUGAGGAGGAGGAGGACGGCGAGGAGGAUGAGGGGCGUGUGGGAGCCGAGGCCGACCGAAUAAGCCGCCCCUCCGAGCCUGAGGAGCGAGUCCGGGCUGAUGAGGAGCCCGACGAGGAGGAGGAGGAGGAAGGAGAAAGUGAGUGCAUUUCCUCGUCUCUCUCGCCCUCAUCUGUCGGCAACGAGGAGCGAGGUGGGAGGAGGGGUGGAGGAGGUGGUGGAGGUAGGCCUUCACGAGGAGGAUUGAAAGCGGCCGAGUCAGAUCCCGCAGACAAGGCGGGAAAAGCCGUGCCCCCCGCGCCGGACGCAGGCAGGGAGGAGUCGGUCCCGGACACGCCGCCGCUCUCCUCCAGCCCUUCCCCCAAGCUGCAGGACUUCAAGUGCAACGUGUGCGGUUACGGUUACUACGGCAACGACCCCGCCGACCUGGUGAAGCACUUUAGGAAGUAUCACCUAGGACUGCACAACCGCACACGGCAGGACGCUGCCCUCGACACACACAUCCUGGCUCUCCACAACAUGGUGCCCCCGCACACACCUCUAGUCAUGCAGGCAGGAGAAGGGCCCAGGAACCAAGCCAAAGAGUCCGGCAAGAGCAGGCCGGAGCUCCACCAUCAGCAACACAGGACAGUGAUGAUGAAUGGCACAUAUGACAUCCAGGUUACAUUGAGUGGCGCACUUAUCGGAAUCGGCCGCAAGACCUCCGAUUGCCAGGGCAACACAAAGUACUUCCGCUGCAAAUUCUGCAACUUCACCUACAUGGGCAGCAGUUCAGUAGAACUGGAGCAGCACUUCCUGUCCUUGCAUCCCAACAAAGCCAAGACCCCGCCGGCCACGCUUCUUCUGACCAAUGACAGCCAGGGCAAAGGGAGGAGUCAGAUACUGGACGGGGCGGAGCGAGUGUCUGUUCGAGCGGAGGAUGACUCCUUGGUAGGGUAUUCCAUCCCCAUCCGGGCGGAUUCAUCGGGCUGGCCGGUGGAGGGUGCGCGGGCGUACUACUGGUGCAAGUUCUGCAGUUGGAGCUGCGAGUGGUCGGGAGGCUCGACCAAGCUUUUGGAACACCAUGAGCAGCGGCACAGGAUGAACACGACGAGCCCUAAUGACACCAGAAGGGAAGGCGAAAGAGAACACGUGUUGUCCAAAAGUCGCAAGGAUCUGUCAUCCAGUGGUAACCAAGGCGAUCCGAACAAUGGCGACACUGAGGCCGUGGUUACCAGCUACAACUGCCAGCUGUGCGACUUCCGAUACUCCAUGGCACACGCCUCUGAUGUGAUCGUGGUGGCGCCGUUGCUGCUGCACUACCAGCACAACCACUCCAUCCACCGAUGCUGCAUCCAGCACUGCAUGUACUGUCCGCAGGGCCUAUGUCAGCCACACAAACACUUAGGAGAGGUGUCCCACCCUUUUGCGUGCCGGAAGCCCACCUGUCCAAAAUGUUGUGCCAAAUUCCCCCCGUCCGCCAAACAGCAAGACACAGGCGGCUCGACGACUCCUCCUCAUCCCAGAAGCGACCCUAGUGUGACAUCUGCUUCGACCGUUCACCCCUCGAAUCCUGUUGCCUCACAAGGCGUCACCCACCUGUGCGACCAGUGCGCCUUUGCCACCGCCGACAUCGACGUGCUGCUGCAGCACUACGACAGCUGCCACAGCCUGAUCAACCUGAAGGGUGCGCCGGCGCAUGUCAAGGCCGAAGAACAGGAGGGCGGCGGCAGCGGACCGGACAGGGAGAUGGGCCGGGAGUACUCGUGCACCAAGUGCCACUUCAUCACCGAGGUGGAGGAGGAGAUCUUCAGACACUACAGGCGUGUCCACGCGUGCUGUCGCUGUCGCCACUGUGACUUCACGGCUCCCGAUUCGUCGGCGCUCCUCGACCAUUUCAACUCGGCCCACUGUCACGAUGCCACGCUGUCCUCACUGACGCCCUCCCUGACGCCGUCGGCCAACGGCUGCUCGGCGCCCUCCACCUUGGCCAUCAAGGAGGAGAGCAAGGGGGAUCUUCGCCUCCUCUACUCACUGGCGCCGCCUGAGGGACGCCUGGCCGAGGGGGGCCGCGAGGAGAUUGUCAAGAGCGAGGGCAGCGAGGAGAAGGAGAGAGAGCGCGAGAAAGGCUGGGUCCUCGGGGAGACGAGAGGCGGCGAGCAGGCCCACGGUCUCCUUUGGGUGCCCAAGGAACGCAUGGGACCCGAACCCACCCUGUUCCCCUCACCUCUGUCCGUGGCGUUCGUUUCCACGAACCACGAGACCUCGCAGCAGAAGCGGGGUGGUGGUGUGGCCUCACCCAGCAUGGUCUACCUAGGAGAUACCAAGUCCUUUUUGGGAGAUGCCAAGCUGUACGGAGGAGGGGGGCGGCCGGGCGGAGGAGGAGCCGCCCCCAGCGGAGGGGAGAAAAUGAGCCAUAUGACGUCUCAGCAAUACACAGGCAGUGGAGGGAGUGGAGGGGUUCAGGAGGUGAAAGGAGGAGCUGCUAAAGAAGAGUCCCAGUCGCUGCUACGGCGGCGAAGAGGCAGCGGGGUCUUUUGCGCCAACUGUCUGACCACCAAGACGUCGCUGUGGAGGAAGAACGCCAACGGCGGCUACGUCUGCAACGCCUGCGGCCUCUAUCAGAAGCUGCACUCGACGCCCAGACCUCUGAACAUCAUCAAGCAGAACAACGGCGAACAAAUCAUCCGCCGGCGCACCCGCAAACGCCUCAACCCGGACACGCUGCCGCCCGACAACCCCGCCCCAAAGCAACAGCGCGCCACCGGCGAGGAGCGCAUCAACGGCGACGAGUCGGACAGGAGCUGCGCGUCGGUCAAGAGCCAGCAGCAGCCCUCGCCGCGCUCACGCUCGCCGCGCUCUACGCAGGCCUUCCUGGCUAACCAGACCCUGGAGAUCCACCGCCGCAUGCCGCCGCUGUUGCUCCCGUCGCACCCCGCCUCCUCAGAGGUGGCGGAGGUGCUGGCCAAAGUCGAAGCGGGGAAAGUCUGCUCCGGCGGCAGCUCGGAAAGAGGCAGUCCUAUCGAGAAGUACAUGCGGCCAUCCAAACCCUCCAGUUACUCUCCUCCGGGCUCGCCGAUAGAGAAGUACCAGUACCCCUUGUUCCCCGUGCCUCUUCCCCUCACGCUCUCGGCUGACUUGACGCCCGAGUCCGACUGGCUACGCUUCUGGACCAAGUACAAGAUGGCCGCCGCCGCCUCCGGCAUGAGCAACCUGGGGAGCGCGGCGGCUCUGGCCAACAAUGCGCACUACCUGGGGGCCAUGGUGGCCCCGGUGCAGCAGCACCACCCGCAGAGCUACGCGGUGCCUUACUGCGCCUCCCCAUACUCGACGCUCCCGCCGCCGCCUGCCCCGGCCCAGUACCCGCCCCCGCCUCUCCACCCUCAAACCUCAUCGUCGUCCAUGGAGAGCGACGCGCCCUUGGACCUCGCCAUACGGCAACGGGACGCCACCGAUUGCGCAGAAAAGAGGAAGUGGGAGUCGCCGUCAUCCGAAAACGGGAAAGGUGAGGACGAGGAAGGUGUCACCCGGCGGGAGGCGGAAGACGGCAAGUCGUCCGCCCGCGCCUCCGCGGACGUCGCCACGCAGGACGAGCCAAGCAACCGCUGCCUGCACUGCGCCAUCUACUUCCUGGACGAGGUCAUGUACGCUCUGCACCUGAGUUGCCAUGGCGACCAGGGACCCUUCCAGUGUGGCUUCUGCCUGCACGUUUGCGCCGACCGCUACGACUUUACCACACACAUACAGCGCGGCUUACACUGCUCCAUGGACAAAAAGACGCUGGUGACGGAUCAGAAUGACGCCACCGUGGCGCCGGAGCAUCUGGUUUUGGAGCCGGGACAUCGAGCUUUGGAGCCAGAGCAUCCGGAUUUAACGGCCAAGAAUUUGGAUUUGACGCUGGAGCAUCUGGAUUUGACACCAGAUUUGACCACAGGGGAAAAGGAUGAAAGCGGUGACGGUGCAAAAGACGACGAUUCCCUCAAUGACGCCACAGAUGGAAGUGAGGAAGGCAGCAAGAUGGCGUCCGACGGCGGCGACGAGCCUGACAAGGAGAACACGGAGGCUCAUUGAUAACCCUUGGGAACAUUGGCGCACGCUCCCGAAGGUGAGCCGGAGCGCACAACGGAGUUAAAAAAAACAACCAAUAACAACAAAUGCAUCCCAAUGCUGGAAUAAAAAUUCCCCUGCGAAGAGCUGCAGGGACGGGGGAAAACUUGCAGGCAACCAGAACCAUUUUUGAUGGUAUCAGAGCUGCUUCACAGCUGUUACAGCGGUACAACUGGCACACAUUCUGACUCUGCUGUGGAAAAACCAAAUCUGAUUUGGACUCGGUGGAAAUGCGGUGUCAAAGUGGAUCAGCCCGUCUUCUGCUGUUGGGCUUAAAAAACGGACUUCAAAUAAAUCUGCCUGGCAAGACUAUUUGUUUCGGUGUGGACGUGGCUGCCUGAAACCAGUCGAAACUGGUGUAAAACCCAGAGCCGAAGUGUUCUCCAUGUCCCGUGUGGUCAGAACCAAGUGACUUUAUUUUCUACCUUCCUCCGUGCCAUGAUACUAGCUACGUGCCUGGCUGCCUUUGCCUGCCUGAUAAUAGAACAAAACAACAAUCUAUUAACCGCUUAACCAUUUGUAUCCAAUAAUAAUAAUAAUAAUAAUGAUACUAAUAAUAAUGUUCUAGUACAAAAACAUGCAAUUUCAUACACUUUUCUUACAUGAUAUAUUAUUUUGUAAGGGCAAAUGUUUUUUUUUCAGGACUUGGUACUACAAAAUUAGUGUUUGUUUUUGUUGUUAUGGAAAUGGUACAUGGAACAUUGUGUGUAUGAGAGUGUGUUUUUUGUCUGUGUGCGUGUGUGAGGGUCAAGGGCGCGUCCGUCCCCGAUCUUGGAUGUAAACAAAAUUAAGGUUUGCUAUUUCAGUCCUCAGGGGUCACGCGUGUUGCACACCAGCCCGCCUGCUUUUUAUUUUCAUUUGAUUGUUGUUAUGACUAUUUUUGAACAUGUACAUUAUGUAGCUGUCGUCAUUAUGUUCUCACGUAUAGGGGGUCCUCGAUUUACAACGGAGUUCCAAUCUUACGGCGAUGAAGUAACCCGAACUUUUUUUUCGCAGAUUAGGACUUCGGUCAAGUACAAUUAAUUUUUUCUUGUAAAAUUACGACUUUAUUCACAUGCAAUUAGAAACUUUUCUCUCACAAUAGUCCAAUUUUAUUCAGAUGAAAAGACACCUUUAUUUGUGGAAAAGUGUUAUUCUUCUCUUGUAAAAUUUACUUUAGGCUUCUAAAAUCUUUCAAAAAAUGUUACUUUACCUCUAGAACCAUGUAAAAGCGUGACUUUCAUAAAAUUAGAGCUUUUGGAAAUUUACACCAUUUUCUUUAGAAUUGAAAUCUGAUAUCGUCUAUCACUAGUGUUGUUAUCGCAGUUGUGAAGUCAUAAUUACAGUCAAUAUUUGUAGGAAAAACACUUCAAUAUAAAACAGUCAAAUGGAAAAACAGUAAAUAUGAUUUCUUCUUCCACUAUCUGUAACCUCUUCAUGUAUCGGGACCAUCGUAAACCAGGGACCCCCACAUAGUCCAUGUUCUCUCUCUGUUUUUUUAGGUCACUUUUAAGUGUUUAACGUUUGGGUUAUAAUCAGUAGUCAAUGUGCUACAGGUUACCUCCUCAGUAGUAUUACUGAUGCAUUUUGUAGUGCAAUCACUCCCCCCCCCCCCAUUCCCACCUGCUUUAUUUUUUCUGGCAUCUAUUAGAUGCCUCUCAGUUAUUUAUCAUCAGAAUAUUUUUCUACUUCUCAACUGUUUACAUUCAGAGUUGUGACUUAACCAGGUUGGGGGAAAAAGAAAAACUUUACCUGCCUUGCUGCCUUAGUUACAAAAAAAAACAAAAAACAAAAAAAUCACCAUAAGACUAAAAUGAAGGAAAUAGAAGCCUUUGAAAGAUAUUUUUAUAUCCCUGAAUGAAAUCCCGCCUAGUGCCUGCUCACACUUUUUUCUACUCAACGUUUGUGUCUUUGACUGGAUUUACGCCACAGGUCCAAGUGCCCAAUUCCGAUUGAAUGCCAAAAUCCACGCACAUUUUAAGUGACGCAUAGCCAAUAUGGCUGCGUUGAUAUUCACUGAACACAUGAAUCAACCCGUAGACACCAAAAUUGCACAUCGAUAAGUCAACAACAUAAUACAUAAAUGAUACAAAUACUAAACACUGCAUCGUGUUUAGUCGCCGUGGCCUGACUUUUCUCCCCCAUUGAUUUCAAUGAGGGGAACCUCCACAUUACUCCACAAUAUUUUGCUUAUUUGGUGAUGGACACACCUCCAAUGUAGCACCUUUAGACCAUAUUGUGUUAAAUGUAGUUUAGAUUGGCAUUUUUUCCCCCUCACCCAUCUGGGUUCUAUGAUGGCCAUUUGUGUCCACCUCGCUUCUUUUUAAUGCACCAUUUUAGCUGUGUUAUCGCAAAUGUAAUGACGCUUUCCAAGGGUGGGGAAUUUUGUCUGAUUUGAUCAUUUUCAACAUCAGCUCUUUAAAUGUUAAUAAUGUACUGUUUACAUCAAAUUGUACUUUCAGUUCUUUAAAUAUGUUAAUAAUAUACUGUUUACAUCAAAUUGAACCUUUUGCCUCUAUCGUGGCCACUUUUGCCCGACUGAAAACCAUGAAAACUUAAAUUCUUGAAAUUCUUAUUUAUUGGAUUGAAUCAUGUAAUUUAGACAAUGUUAGUUUAAUUCUAGACUAAAUACUUGAAAAUGUUUGUUUUUUGUGUUGUCUACCAGGUUACAUAAUUUAUCCAGUUUUUGGACAAUUUCAUGUCAUAUUCUUAGUUUUUAAAAAAGAGGCGUUUAAUGGCUUACUGCACUCCAACGGAGCAAAUUAAUCAUGCAAUUUUGAUUGAAGAAAUGGAAGCGCCCUCUGCUGGCUGUAGUAAAUAAGGUGGUACUGCACUUUGAGGUGGUUGUACAAGCUGUACAUUGUGCAGACAAACUGGAAUUUGAAUGGUUAAAAAAAUUAAUUGAAUGGAUAUUUUAUACUAAUGACAAGAACAAAUGGGGGGAAAAACUAUGCAGUAAAAGAAACAAACACAUUUAAAGGUUUGAAUUACUGACUGUCUUUAUGUGGCCAAAAAUGGCCACAAACAAGAUGAAGAUGAAAGGAUCAUAAAAUUGAACAAGGCCCAAGGGUGAAUGUUUUUGUUUUUCUUGGUAAGAAAACUGAUCUGUAUAUUAGCAUGAUUCACACUGACGAGGUAUAGCCAAUCUGCACAUUUACACUGCACUCGCAUUAUCAGAUGGAUUUAUCUUCUGAUCUGAAGGUAUCAGAGUCCCUGUUUUGCUGCCAUGACUCGUUUCCCAACUGAGCAAAAAAUUCCAAAAUGUGUCACUUGAACCAUGAAGCGUAAAUCCAGCCUUUGCCUCAAAAAGGUAUGUCAACAAAAAGAAAUGCUAACCCAUGCGAUUUUAAGGAAUAUAACCAUCUUUCUGUGGGGGCAUUAUAUUUUCAUAUUCCAAAGGAUCAAGUAGACUUGUUUUCAGAAAUCAGCAGGGUUGAUUUUCUGAUCAUUCUUAUCUGGUCUUAUUUUCACCUCAGUUAGCCAUGAUCUCAAACAAAUGCUAGAGCCCUGAAAAAAAUGUCGUGGCCAAGUAUCCAUUUUAGCACAGUGCCCACAUGCUGAUCAUGGUGGAGGCGCAGCCAGGAUGGCACCCAUGUAUUAAGUCAAUCACACCUAAGCAGUCGUGAAGCCGACAUCUGCUCAGCAAAAACAGAUUUUGUUUGCUCAGCUGGAAGCCGAACGUGGUGAUUACACACAUUUAGCUGGUCACCACAAUUUAGCAGGAAAUGGUACAAAAAAUAAAACAAAUCACUUCAGCAUUUAGGGCUUAUUUGUUGCAACAUUUAUCAUAAUUGCAGUAGAAAAAAAUAUUCCAAUUUUCAACUUUGAAUUUUCCGAUAUUGAAAACAUGCCUUACUUGAAAUUGUUUGUUUUUACAGUUCAAAGCAAUAUUAACAAUCAAUUUAAAAAGUUGAGGCCUUUAUGAAAUUUCGAGUCCAAGAGAAGGUUCUGAUGCCAAAAUAAUUCAUCACAAAUAAAAAUCCAUCCAUAUUUCCUUUAACUUGCUGUUAGCGGGUUUAGAAAAAUGUUUUUCUCAAUUUUUCAUCAAUCCGCUGCACCUGCACGGAAGUCUUCUAGUGCCCCACUAGGCUAAGUGCGGCUCACGUAGGAUAUUUUUUAUAAAAAAGGGAAAAUUCCUCCUUUCAGUCUUGAUUCACUGAUUGAAAAUUGAGAAAAUUCCCACUCUCACCCCGUCGAGAAGUUUCAUGAAAUUGGCACUAGUCGUGGAAAAGUCAACAACUUUACCAUCGUUCUACUAGUGUGCUGAAUUGUUUUACUAGUGAGCACAAAGAGUGUACUAGUAGAUGGACCUUAAGCUGCAUAUCAAGGAUAUCAAAUAAAUACUCAAACAGCUUUCCAUGUGAAUGUGUUACUUUUUGGAUGAAAUCCUACUAAAUUGUAAAUACACCCGGUCAAGGUCGCACUUCGUUAGCUGCUUGAAAGUCACAUGGUCUAAAAAAAAAAUAGCUCGAAUCCAAAGUUCGCCUUUAAUUUUGCAAAAAAAAAAAAAAAAAGGAAAAAAAAAAAUCCUACCAUGUAAGAAUGACAAUAAUUUCAACUGUGGAAAGUGAAUGUGUAGCUCUUUUUUUUUUCUGCAGGCGGUCACAAUGGUCAUGUUUACAGUGCCGUGAAAACGUAUUUGCCCCCUCUCAAAUUCUAAAUUAUUUUGCAUAAUUUCCCCACUUUAAGAUCGUCAAACAAAUGUACAUAUUAGACAAAGAAACCCCAAAUAAACAUAACAUACAGAUUUUAAAUUGUGAUUUUAAUUAUUACGGGUUACCUGGACCUGUGUGAAACAGUAAUUACCCCCCCCUUGUUAAAUCAUGAAUUAACUGUGGCUAAAUCACAUUUAAUUAAAAACUGUGUUCAUUUUCACUGACUGAACCCAAGCCUGAUUACUUCCAGACCUAUUCAAUCAAGAAAUCACUUCAAAUGACAAAAUGAUGGCGCCCAAAAGAGCUCAAAAAGCGGCAAGAAAAUGCCACAGAAAUUUAACAGAUGAGAAAUGAAGUAAUUUACAUCUAUUAGUGUGGAAAUGCUUACAAAGCCAUUUCUGAAGCUUAAGGACUUCAACGAACCAUGGUGAGUGCCAUUAUCAACAAAUGGAGAAAAACAUGGAACAGUGGCGAACCUUCCCAGGAGUGGCCAGCCUACAAAAAUUACCCAAACGACUCAUCCAGGAGGUCACAAAGGUACCCAGGAGAACAUCUGAAGAACUGCAGGUCUUCCCUGUCGCAGUUAAGGUCGGUGUUCAUGACUCAAUAAGGAAGAGACUGGGCAAAAAUGGCAUCCAUGGCAAGAGUUCCAAGGCGCAAAACCACUGCUGACCAAAAAGAACAUAAAGGCUCAUCAUCUGCAAAAAAAAAAUCAAAAAUCUGAUUCCCAAGACUUUUGGUAGAAUAUUCUAUCGACUGACAAGACAAAAGUGGAACUUUUUGAAGGUGUGCGUCUCGUUAGUUAUAGUGUAAAUGUAACUAACACAGCAUUUGAGAAAAAGAACCUAAGUCACUUGUGGUAGUGUGAUGAUCUGGGGCUGCUUAGUAAAUGUAGGACCUGGAUGACCUGCUGCGAUUGAUGGAACACUGAAUUGUGCCCUUCACCAGCAAAUCCUGAAGGAGAAUGUUCGGCCAUCAAUUCGAGACUUCAAGCUGAAGCACACUUGGGUUCUUGCAGCAGGACAACGAUUCAAAACACACUAGCAAGUCAACUUCUGAAUGGCUUAAAAAAUGAAGGUUUCAGAGUGGCCAGGUCAAAGUCCAGACUUUAAGCCGAUUAAAAGGCUGUGGCAUGACCUUAAAAAGGGUGUUCGUGCUUGUGGCUGAAUUAAAAUGACUGUGCAAGGAAGAGUGGGCCAACGUAUUGCCAGUUAUUCAAAGUGCUUGAUUUCAGUUGUUGCUGCUGAGGGUGGCCAAAGCAGUCAGUAGGAUGAGGGGGCCAAUACUUUUUCACACAAGGGCCAGGUCGCUUUGAAAAGGUCUUUUUCCUUCAUAAAUACAAUCAGCUUUAAAAACAGCAUUUUAUGUUUAUUUGGGUUAUCCUUGUCCGACAUUUACAUUUCAUUGAUGAUCUUUAUCAGUAAAGUGGAGAAACGAAUUUGAGAAGGGGGCGAAUACUUACUUACAGAACAGUACGUUUUGAAAAUGUAGCAAAGAAAUGAAGUGACAGGGAAAGACUGGAGGGCUUCUUUUAGGGCACCACAGUCCGACAGUGCUGUUGGUCUCUGACUCUGCCCACUUUGGUCCGUAAAGGAAGCCGUUGGGAGACGCGUCCAAGUACAAACAACUGGAAUGAGUCGCAAAACUUUCGUGCGGGAACGCUUUCGAACCACCUCCAGAUGUUGUCGUUUUCUUAAUUUUUUUUCAGUCCGCGUCGAUAAAAUUCACAUGGAUGGCAUUUCACAUCAACGUUUACAUUUAGGCCCUUGAGUGUUUUAGCUUUGUAUGUCCAUACAAAAGGUUGCGAUUUCACUUUUCAUUUCGUCGCGAAGGGACGACACAAACGUAGCUUAGCAUGCAGCCAACGGUACGAUCAUGUCAAGAAGGGAGCUUAAAAAAAGGCCAGUUUGGUCGGAACCAUGCAUGGGCAAAUGUACGUUUAAUCAACUUUUGUUUUUUUUUGUUUUUUGGUAGAAUUUUUGUGUAUUCCUUUUUUAAAUAUAAAACGGGAUCGUUUUUUUUUUUUUUUUUUUUUUUUUCAAGGUAGUUUUCUGUCAUGUCUUAUUUUAUUCUGUUAUCUUUCUGUAGGUAUUUUUUAGGUUUGCAAAAAAAGGUAUUUUAAUGACAUUUGGGUUUUUUGGGAGGAGGACAAGAAAAAGUUUGUUACGCAGAUAAACUUGAAACAAAUAAUAUUGAUCAUGAUGAUAAUUAAUAAAAGUAACAAAUA